CAGCAAACAAAAUUUUAUAAAAUCUGAGCAAUCAAUCAGCUACCGAGUAAGCGACCAUUCCUUGAGUUGAUUUUUGGUAUAAAGCAACUAUAAAGUCAAAUUCAUCAUGUUGGCAAAAUUACCUUUAUUACAGUCAGCUUUAGUCCGAAAUGCUGCUGUAAUGUCUCGCGCAUUGUAUCAUCAUCAAGGACCUUACAAACACUCAACAAUGGAUGAUUUGCCAGUUCCACAAGGUGACUGGCAAGAAGAUUAUCAAAGAAAGCAAACUAAAUAUAACGCAGUUUUGGCAACUGGAAUAUUGAUGUUAGUCAGUGCUAUUGGACUGGCUAAAUCUACUGGUUCAAUUGAAUUAAAUUUUUCACCACCAAGGUUGGAUUAGACAAAAUUUUCCUGCAUAUGGAUUACAUUUAUAAGUAAAAGUAAGAUGUGAAGUGUUUUAAAUAAAGUAGAUUAAAACAAAACGAGA